GUUUCUUCAUGCGGCCUGGAUUGGGCUGGUUUAUUGUAGCCUCUGCUUAAUGCUGCAGCGCAGCACUACAUAGGCACGUAGGACAGGGAUCUGGAGGAAAAGUCUGGGAUCUAAUUGAAACUCCAUUUGGGAAUGGGUUUCUGUGCACGUCUUGUAUAGGAACUGCUUUGCACAUGGACAUUGAAGGAUUUGGAGAACUUCUCCAGCAGGCGGAACAGCUUGCAGCUGAGACAGAGGGAAUCUCUGAACUUCCUCAUGUAGAACGCAACCUGCAGGAGAUCCAGCAGGCUGGAGAGCGUCUGCGGUCCCGGACUCUGACCCGCACAUCGCAGGAAACUGCAGAUGUCAAGGCAUCUGUUCUUCUUGGGUCCAGAGGACUUGACAUAUCCCACAUCUCUCAGCGACUGGAGAGUCUUAGUGCAGCCACUACAUUUGAGCCUCUAGAGCCUGUGAAGGACACUGAUAUACAGGGAUUCCUGAAGAAUGAAAAAGACAAUGCAUUGUUGUCAGCCAUUGAAGAAUCCAGGAAAAGAACUUUUGGUAUGGCUGAAGAGUACCACCGAGAAUCCAUGCUGGUCGAAUGGGAACAGGUGAAACAAAGGAUCCUUCAUACGCUACUUGCUUCAGGAGAAGAUGCUCUGGACUUUACCCAGGAGAAUGAGCCCAGUUGCAUCAGUGAGUUGGGUCCGCCAGGUCGCAGCUCUUUGGAUAGCGUGGAGAUGGCAUAUGCCCGGCAAAUUUAUAUUUACAAUGAGAAGAUAGUGAACGGACAUCUGCAGCCUAACCUAGUGGACCUUUGUGUUGCUGUUGCUGAACUGGAUGAUAAGAAUAUCUCUGAUAUGUGGGCCAUGGUUAAAAUAAUGACAGAUGUGAUGCUGAUUCCUGCAAGCGAUGCGUUGAAAGUCCGGACCAGCAUGGAGGUGCGCAUGGAAUUUGUAAGGCAGGCUCUGCGUUACCUAGAACAAAGUUAUAAGGAUUAUACUUUGGUGACGGUUUUUGGAAACUUACACCAGGCUCAAUUGGGUGGCGUACCUGGGACUUACCAACUAGUCCGCAGCUUCCUUAAUAUCAAGCUCCCAGCACCUGUCCCCGGUCUACAGGAUGGAGAGGUGGAAGGCCAUCCUGUUUGGGCAUUGAUUUACUAUUGCAUGCGCUGUGGAGAUUUAAUCGCAGCUUUGCACGUGGUGAAUCGGGCACAGCACCAACUGGGGGAGUUUAAAACCUGGUUCCAGGAGUAUAUACACAGUAAAGAUAAAAGAUUGUCCCCUGCAACUGAAAACAAGCUUCGUCUGCACUACAGACGAGCCCUGAGGAACAAUACAGACCCUUAUAAAAGGGCUGUUUAUUGUCUCAUUGGCCGCUGUGAUAUUGCCGAUAACCAGAGUGAAGUUGCUGACAAAACAGAAGAUUAUCUUUGGUUAAAGCUGAACCAGGUGUGUUUUGAUGAUGAUGGUACCAGCUCCCCCCAGGACAGGUUGACAUUAUCACAGUUCCAGAAACAACUACUUGAAGACUAUGGUGAAUCGCAUUUUGCAGUGAAUCAGCAACCUCUUCUCUACUUCCAAGUAUUGUUCUUGACAGCACAGUUUGAAGCUGCAAUUGCUUUUCUCUUUCGGAUGGAGCGCUUGCGUUGUCAUGCCGUUCACAUUGCUUUGGUCCUCUUUGAGUUAAAGCUGCUCCUGAAAUCCUCUGGGCAGAGUGCACAGCUGUUAAGUCAUGAAGCUGGCGACCCUCCUGGCAUGAGGCGCCUUAAUUUCAUUCGCCUUUUGAUGCUCUACACCCGUAAAUUUGAGUCAACAGACCCCAGGGAAGCUCUGCAGUAUUUUUACUUUCUCAGGAAGGAGAAGGAUAGCCAAGGAGAGAACAUGUUCUUGCGUUGUGUUAGUGAGCUAGUAAUAGAAAGUAGGGAGUUUGAUAUGAUUCUGGGGAAGCUGGAAAAUGAUGGCAGCAGGAAGCCAGGAGUGAUAGACAAGUUUACUAGUGAUACAAAACCUGUUAUUAACAAAGUUGCUUCAGCAGCGGAAAAUAAAGGGUUAUUUGAAGAGGCUGCAAAACUUUACGACCUUGCAAAGAAUCCAGAUAAGGUAUUAGAACUGAUGAAUAAAUUACUCAGUCCCGUGGUUCCACAGAUCAGCACUCCCCAGUCUAACAAAGAGAGGCUGAAGAAUAUGGCACAUUCCAUUGCAGAGAGGUAUAAAGCUCAAGGGAUAAGUACAAAGAAAUCCAUUGACUCUACAUUCUACCUUCUGUUAGACUUGAUCACAUUUUUUGAUGAAUAUCAUGUGGGUCAUAUUGACAGAGCUUUUGAUAUUAUUGAGCAUCUUAAGCUCGUACCCUUGAGUCAAGAUUGUGUGGAAGAGAGGGUAGCUGCCUUCAGAAAUUUCAGUGACGAAAUCAGACACAAUCUAUCUGAGGUCCUACUUGCAACCAUGAAUAUUUUGUUCACACAGUACAAAAGGAUGAAAGGCACAAGCCCUGCUACUCCUGCCAGACCCCAGCGUGUAAUGGAGGAUAGAGAUUCGCAACUUCGAUCCCAAGCCCGUGCAUUGAUAACAUUUGCUGGAAUGAUCCCCUACAGAACAUCAGGAGACACAAAUGCAAGACUGGUGCAGAUGGAGGUCCUUAUGAAUUAGUGGAGAUGCUUUCAGUUGGAACUGUAGCAUCUACUUCCUUAUCAGUAGCUCUUUAGGAGGAUAGGCCCAACAUAAUUUUGUAUCUUGUAUUUUUGUUGAUAACAAUAAAUUUCUUUGGUUAUA